AUGAAAUUGGAUUGCUAUAUUGAUUCGAGGAAGCUCAUGUACAAUGCUAAUAGCAGGAUAUCAACCUUAAGCAGCUCAUCAAAGUUCUUAGCAUGUGGAACUUUCGAAGGUGGAUAUUUAUUACAAGAUAUUUCCAAUCCGGAUACCCCUGGCUCUGUGAUUGAAAAUCAACUAACCCAUAAUACCGAUGGCAUAACGAAUCAUAUUACGAUAGACAACGAUGAAAAAUUGAUAAUAGCAUCUAACGAUAAGGCACUCAGAGUAGUCGACAUUACUAAACAGAAAAAUAGACCCAUAGAAAUGCCCUUCGCUGUUAAUUGCUCAGCAUUAAACCGACAUAACAAGAAUGAAGUUUUAUUAACAGGGGAUUGUCUAGAUUCUUUUAUUGUGGACUUAAGGCAACCAGUUGCCGCUAAUAUGUCGAAUUCCUUAUCAGGACACAGAGACUACGGUUUCAGCUGUGACUGGAACCCAUCCAAUGAACAUUUACUCAUGACGGGGAACCAGGAUGGUUGUAUUAGGAUAUGGGAUAAAAGGAGAUCAGAUGAGAGCAUAAACUGCUUUAAUGGAUCUUUGGGUUCGGAUUCGCUGUUAGGUGGACCGAUAAGGAAUUGUAAAUUCAGCUACAACGGAGACUAUAUAGGCUGGGCUGAAAGCUUAGAUCAUGCCGGUGUAGUAGAAUUACAAGAAGUUGUAAACAGGACUGACUAUGUGUCUCGAGUACAGUCAAUUGACUUUAUCGGGAAAUGCAUUGGAUUAAAUUUUUGUCCCACUGACAACGCCAAAGGAGAGCAGUUGAUAAUCGGCGUGAACGAUUGUCCCUUAGGAGGCAUUCUAAGUUAUACAUUGGAGAAUAGAUGCAAACUGUUGGACUUUGAUUUUUACUUUUAG